AAAUCGCAGUACCACCGUGGAAAUUUCUUUUAACGUUUGUUUUGUGUGCGUGCGUGUGUGUGUGUGUGUGUAUUACAGCCUGUACUCUUUAAUCUGUUAGAAUUCAAUUAUCAUUAAUCGAUGGACAGGUUUGGAGGGGUGCAUGGCUUUGGCAGCGGUGGUAGUGAUGAACGGAGGGCUCUUCUUAGUCGAGGAGGAGGAAGAAAGAGAAAUGAUGCAUCUGAGGAUAAUCAGUUCACAGACCUUGAGCAUGGAGAUGCAGUGCCAGCUGCAAAUGUGGGAUUUGGUCGAGUGCUUUCACUGGCAAAGCCUGAUGCAGUAAAGCUGAUAAUUGCUACGCUAGCUCUCCUGAUUGCUUCCACAUCAAGUAUACUGAUUCCAAAGUUUGGUGGAAAGAUAAUAGACAUUGCGUCGGGAGAUAUAGGAACACCUGAACAGAAAGCUGAAGCUUUAUAUGCUGUCAACAACACCAUACUAGAGAUCUUUCUGAUUGUCAUAACUCGUUCAGUUUGCACAGCACUCAGGGCAUGGUUGUUUUCUUCCACUAGUGAAAGGGUGGUGGCUCGGUUGAGAAGCAACUUAUUUGCUCACCUUAUUAACCAGGAGGUGGCCUUCUUUGAUGUAACUAAAACUGGAGAGUUACUGAGCAGGUUAUCCGAAGAUACCCAGAUCAUAAAAAAUGCUGCAACCACAAAUCUUUCUGAGGCCCUAAGAAAUGUGUCAACUGCACUCAUUGGUCUUGGCUUCAUGUUUGCUACAUCCUGGAAGUUGACGUUGUUGUCUUUGGCUGUUGUACCGGCUAUUUCUGUUGCUGUACGCCAAUUUGGCCGCUUCCUUCGUGAACUUUCUCACAAGACUCAAGCUGCUGCUGCCGCUUCUGCUUCAAUUGCUGAGAAAGUGGUUGGGCUCUUCUUAGGAGGUCUCAAUGCAGCAUCAACCCUUUCAGUGAUCGUAGUGGUGAUAUAUGGAGCUAAUUUAACAAUAACAGGUUCUAUGACUGCUGGUGCUCUUACAUCCUUCAUUCUCUACAGCCUCACAGUUGGAGUUCUAUAUCUGGAUUGUCAGGAUUGUACACUGUGGCAAGAAAGCUGCAGGAUCCAGCAGGCGGGUUUUCCAGCUUCUAGAUCGUGUCUCAUCCAUGCCAAAGUCAGGGAACAAGUGUCCUUUGGGGAUGGGGAUGUGGAGUUAGAUGAUGUCUGGUUUGCCUAUCCAUCCCGCCCCAACCACAUGGUUCUCAAGGGAAUAACAUUGAAACUGCAGCCUGGCUCAAAAGUUGCUCUUGUUGGUCCUAGUGGAGGAGGAAAAACCACAAUUGCAAACUUGAUUGAAAGGUUUUAUGACCCAAUUAAGGGAAAGAUUCUCCUAAAUGGGAUUCCUCUGGUAGAAAUAUCACAUGAACAUCUACACAGAAAGAUCAGUAUAGUGAGCCAGGAGCCUGUUCAUUUCAACUGUUCUAUAGAGGAUAACAUCGCCUAUGGGUGUGAGGGUAAAGUCAGCAGCAUGGAUAUAGAAAAUGCAGCAAAAAUGGCCAAUGCGCAUGAUUUCAUUGCAAACUUCCCAGAUAAAUAUCAAACUUUUGUAGGAAAACGUGGGGUAAGGCUUUCAGGAGGUCAGAAAUAGAGGGUAGCAAUUGCUAGAGCCCUACUGACGAAUCCAAGGAUUCUCCUCCUUCAUGAAGCCACAAGUGCUCUGGACGCCGAAAGUGAAUAUCUAGUGCAGGAUGCCAUGGAUUCUCUAACGAAGGGAAGGACUGUUCUAGUUAUAGCCCACAGGCUAUCAACUGUCCAAAGUGCAGACACUGUAGCAGUUGUUUCUGAUGGUCAGAUAGUGGAGAGGGGCUCUCAUGGAGAGCUCCUUAGCAAGGAUGGGGCCUACACUGCGUUGGUGAAGAGACAGUUACAAGGACCCAAAACAGAUGUCAUAGUUUAAAACCCUUAAAUAUGGACCACGAACGUUUUGGUGAAACCAUGAAGCUCUGUAAUAAAAUCUUCCUUCAUGAUAAUGCAUUCAAUGCUUUGCCACUGAAUUGUGGUUCUGAAAGCCAAUGCUAUCAUCAGUAAAGCUUGUUAAUGUA